GCGUUAGCUGCUCGUCGCCUAUAGUUGUAGGCUUAUAGCUUGUAGCCCUAGUUUGGCCCGGCUCGGCCCGGCCCAGUUCGGACCUGGAGUGGUAGUAGUGGUGGUGGUGAUGGAGCGGUUUCUGGCACUGCUGCGCCUGCUGGGCAGGAGGAGGCGAGGAAGGAGGUACCGGGCGGAUGACGAUUACCAGGAAGGCUAUGAAGACGUUUACUACUACACCAGCAAGUACAACACACACCUACUGAAUGAGGGGCCAUACACCAAACACUCUGCCGGGGCGCGACCUCCAGAUGGAGCGCUGGCCAUCAGGAGGCAGAGUAUACCAGACGAGUUUCGGGGCUGCACGGUGGUGGAGCUGAUGAAGAAGGAGGGGACGACGCUCGGACUGACGGUUUCUGGCGGCAUUGACAAAGACGGGAAGCCCCGGGUUUCAAACCUACGACAGGGAGGCAUCGCUGCCAGGAGCGACCAGCUGAACGUGGGAGACUACAUCCGUGCUGUUAACGGCAUCAACCUCGCCAAGUUCAGACACGAUGAGAUCAUCAGCCUGCUGAAGAACGUCGGGGAGAGAGUCGUCCUGGAGGUCGAGUACGAGCUACCACCCGUCUCGGUACAGGGGUCAGGGGUCAUGUUCAAGAACGUUGAAGUCACGCUUCACAAAGAAGGAAACAGCUUCGGCUUCGUCAUCAGAGGUGGGGCCCACGAAGACAGGAACAAGUCUCGCCCCAUCGUCAUUACAACCAUCAGGCCUGGCGGUCCGGCUGACAGAGAAGGAACCGUCAAGCCGGGUGAUCGGUUGUUAAGCAUCGACGGGAUUCGUCUCCACGGCAGCACGCUAUCAGAGGCCAUGAGUAUCCUGAAGCAGUGCGGGCAGGAAGCCACGCUGCUGCUCGAGUACGACGUCUCCGUGAUGGAUUCCGUUGCCACGGCGUCGGGGCCGCUGCUGGUGGAGGUUGCAAAGGCGACGGGCUCCAGUCUGGGCGUGGCCUUGUCCACCUCCAUGUUCUGCAACAAGCAGGUCAUCAUCAUCGACAAGGUCAAACCAGCCAGCAUAGCAGACAGGUGUGGUGCUCUUCAUGCAGGCGAUCACAUUCUGUCCGUCGAUGGGAAGUCGAUGGAGUUUUGUUCUCUGGCUGAAGCCACUCAGCUGCUCUCUGUAUCCUGUCAGACCGUCCGCAUGGAGAUCCUGCCACAACACCAGGCCCGACCGGCCCUGAACGCACCACAGCACGUCAAGGUGCAGCGUAGUCCCCGCCCCCUUCCCUGGGAGACCGGAGGCUCUGCCCCCAUCCUUCCCCCCUACCACUACAACACGUACCACCCCGACCAAUCAGCUGCCAGAUCGCACAACCGCCAUACAAACAACCCUCCCCUCAGCCACUCGUUCUCUCCUGGCUCCAUGUCAGCCUAUAGUCUCUCGUCCCUGAACAUGAGCACCCUGCCAAGGAACAUGUAUCCCACAAGUCCACGGGGCACCCUGAUGAGGAGGAAGGGCAAGAAGAAGGACUUCAAGAGUUCCUUGUCUCUUGCGUCCAGCACCGUGGGUCUCGCCGGUCAGGUGGUUCACACAGAAACCACAGAGGUGGCGUUGGUAGGCGACGGCAUCAUGGGGUUCGGCCUGCAGCUGCAGGGCGGAGUCUUCGCCACAGAAACGCUUUCCUCGCCGCCGCUCAUCGCUUACAUCGACCCCGACAGCCCGGCUGAAAGGUGUGGUAUCCUGCAGAUAGGCGACAGGAUUUUGUCUAUAAACGGAGUUCCUACUGAAGACUCGACUCUGGAAGAAACCAAUCAGCUGCUCAGAGACUCGUCCAUCACUGCUCAGCUCACACUGGAGAUUGAGUUCGACGUGGCCGAGUCAGUUGUCCCCAGUUCAGGAACGUUUCACGUGAAGCUCCCAAAGAAACCCGGAGUGGAGCUGGGAAUCACCAUUAGCUCUCCUUCCAACCGUAAACCAGGGGAUCCUCUGAUCAUCUCUGACAUCAAGAAAGGCAGCGUCGCACACAGGACGGGAACGUUGGAGCUGGGAGACAAGCUGCUGGCCAUCGACAACAUCCGGGUGGAGAACUGCUCCAUGGAGGAAGCCGUUCAGAUCCUUCAGCAGUGUGAGGAGCUCGUCAAACUGAAGAUCCGAAAAGAUGAAGACAACUCAGAUGAACAGGAAGUGUCCGGCAGCAUCAUCUACACGGUGGAACUGCAGAGGUACGGAGGCCCGCUGGGAAUCACCAUCUCAGGCACCGAGGAGCCCUUCGACCCCAUCAUCAUCUCCUCACUGACCAAGGGAGGGCUGGCUGAGAGGACCGGUGCGAUCCACGUAGGCGAUCGUAUUCUGGCGAUCAACAGCAGCAGCCUGAAGGGGAAACCUCUCAGUGAAGCCAUCAGUCUGCUGCAACAAGCAGGAGAGACGGUCACACUGAAGAUCAAGAAGCAGGGAGAACUGUCGAGUCCGAAGUCUUGUGUGAUUGGUCCAGGCCUGGGCCCGGGGGCGGGGCUGGACCAGGAGAACCAGGACGGGGAGGAGGAGACUGUUGUCAUGGUCGCGCCUCUGUCAAGCCAGAGAGCGUUCAGCACGCUGCCGUCAGUGGACAGCGCUGUGGAGUCCUGGGACGGAUCCAACAUGGACAGCAGCUUCACCACCCCAGCUCCACCAUUUCAGUCGUCUCCGUAUAGUUUCCACGAGUGGCGCAACGCCAAGACAACCAACAGCCAGUCGACGUCCUCCAAUCGCCAGAGAGCCAAUCCGCUGUCAGAUCUGGGUCUGAGUGACGACGACUGGGACCGCCCACCGCUUGGGGGAGCCUGUAAUCUGCCCAGCGGUCUAAUCUCUGACAGCAGGUUCACUGUGGGGCAUGAUGGGACAGAACCGGACCAGGAGGAGAACUUCUGGUCUCAGGCUCUGGAGGAUCUGGAGACCUGCGGCCAGAGCGGCAUCCUCAGAGAGCUGGAGGCAACCAUCAUGUCAGGCUCCACCCUGAGUCUGAACCAUGACCCCACCCCCCUGCGCAGCACACUGGGCCGCCAGGCGAGCUUCCAGGAACGCAGCAACUCCAGACCACAGGUGACAGCCCGGUCCAACACCUUGCCGUCUGACCCCCAACGCAGAGCCUUUGCCAUGAGGAAGAUGAGGCAGGAAGUCAAUGAGAUCCUAAACCAGAACCCAGUGGAACUCCACAAGCUGACUCUAGAGAAGGCUUCAGAUCUGGAGGAUUUUGGCUUCAGUGUUUCUGACGGUUUGCUGGACCGCGGCGUCUACGUAAGCAACAUCCGACCGGGAGGCCCAGCAGAGCAGGGAGGCCUCCGAGCAUAUGACCGAAUACUGCAGAUUAACCACGUGCGGACCAGGGACUUUGACUGCUGCCUCGUCGUCCCGCUGAUCGCAGAGUCUCCUAACCAUCUGGAGCUUGUCAUCAGCCGAAACCCCACCUCCUCCUCCUCGUCCCUGCUGGCCAAUCACACUGAUGGACUCACCAACAGCGCCCACUCCCCUCAGCCAAUCUGCAGCGAGCUUGGACCGUCGGAGCUCUCCAUCGGCCAGGGAGAGGAUGGCGGUCCGAUCAAGUGGAGCAAACCGGGAGACGGGCUGGGGGCGGGGAUUGGGUUAGGGCAGUUGAAUAAUAAAUCCUUAUAGCAAACAAAAACUGGAUGAAACUGGAUUCAACCGGUUCUAACCAGAUUGGAUUUGCGAGGUCAAGAACAAUAACAAACCCCAUCCGACUGGUUCAGCGUGGACCCCCAUGGUGCUACACACCCUCUGGAUAAACUUUGACCCUUAAACACUAAAGUUUGACCUUUGAACUGCUAAAGCAGCCUGAAAGCACACUGAUGGACUGAAGCAACUCCUCACCUUUUCACCUGAACCAGUUCUUCAUACUGGUCCAACUGGUGUCACUGGAACCAGAACUAUGACUACUGAUUUUACUGAAACUAGCCCAGAACCACGGCCAAUGGUUCAAGACAUGUGGGUUCUGGUCUUAGUGGU